GUUUUCUGACAGGCCUAGAUUUUGUGGCGUUCAUUGGCACAAUUAUAAAAUGUACGGCUCCAGUCUCAAAGAAGUCAAACAACUGGACAUCAUUGUGACUGCGGCAGAAACGUUUUUGGGACUAUUUAAGACUUGGAAGUGGUAGGCUACUGGCGACGGAAGACGGCCCGCCCUCCCAUCUCAGAUCCGUUUUUAUUUUUAACAGAAAGUUGUAUGAUCCGUAUAUAUAUGUAUUUUUUUUUGUAGUUCAGUUUUUGGGUAAAACUGUUUCCAUCCCGAAUAGUAAAAUGUGCAAACGUCAAUAUAACGUUACCAUAGAAGUCUGUGUGUAACACGAUCUAGCCAGCCAACUUUGUGUUUCCAGGCUGACUGACAGGAUCCUAUGGAAGAGAUGUCAGGAGUAAGUGCGGUGAGCUCGGCGUUGCCUGCGGCUACAACCCGUACCACCUCAUUCAAGGGCUCCUGCCCCAGCUCGAAGUAUGUGAAGCUGAACGUGGGCGGGGCGCUCUACUACACCACCAUGCAGACCCUCACCAAGCAGGACACCAUGCUCAAGGCCAUGUUCAGCGGUAGGAUGGAGGUCCUCACAGACAGCGAAGGCUGGAUCCUUCUUGACAGGUGUGGGAAGCACUUUGGGACCAUUCUGAACUACCUGCGUGACGGUGCUGUACCUCUGCCUGAGAUCCGGAGAGAGGUGGAAGAGCUCCUGGCAGAGGCCAAGUAUUACCUGGUGCAGGGGUUAGCUGACGAGUGUCAUGCUGCCUUACAGAACAAAGAUAUGUAUGAGCCCUUCUGUAAAGUGCCCUUGGUCACUUCAUCAAAGGAAGAACAGAGACUCAUAUCUACCUCCAACAAGCCCACAGUCAAGCUGUUAUACAACAGGAGCAACAACAAGUACUCUUACACCAGCAACUCCGAUGACAACAUGCUGAAAAACAUAGAGCUGUUUGACAAGCUCUCUCUGCGGUUCAACGGCCGUGUGCUCUUCAUCAAGGACGUGAUCGGGGAUGAGAUCUGCUGCUGGUCAUUCUAUGGGCAGGGCCGUAAGAUCGCUGAGGUGUGCUGUACCUCCAUAGUCUACGCCACAGAGAAGAAGCAAACAAAGGUGGAGUUCCCAGAGGCUCGUAUCUAUGAGGAGACACUUAACAUCCUGCUGUAUGAGUCUCAGGACGGGCGUGGUCCAGACAACGCUCUACUGGAGGCUACAGGGGGCGCUGCUGGCCGAUCCCAUCACCUGGAUGAGGACGAGGAACGGGAACUCAUCGAGAGGGUGCGACGCAUUCACAUCAAACGCCCUGAUGACCGCACCCACCACCACCAGUAGCCCGCAGUUCCAAUGUAGAUCAGCUGUCUGAAGCAAGGCCUGAAGCCAUUCCUGUCGUAUUUCACCACAGGAACACUACUGUGGGAAGAUAAGGCAACUGGUCAAAAAUGCUGGUCAUUAUCACCGUGGCUGUCUGUAAGAGGCGCACAAUUGGGCACAUUCAUCAGCACAAGGUCUCAGCCUCACUUAUCCUGGUGUCCACAAAUGGUCUGCACACAUUGUGAGG